AUGUUGUAUUCCACCUUAUCUUUCCACCGCCUCACGCUUUUAAUUGCUUUCGCGCUCGCACUAUACCACGGCACCCGCCCCGUCUCUGCAACUGUACUGCCAGAAUAUCUCACCCACCGUGACGUAGUCGAGGACGCUAAAUCAAAGGCCAAGGUGGAUUUAGAGCCCGUAGAUCCGAACGAACUUCCCCUUAUUGAUGCAACUGAAGACCAAGAAAUAUCCCAUUUGAUGAACAAAGUCAUCGGGUCUGUGUUGAUGAAUGACCCCUUCGGAAAACGCUCGAACACAGAUGCACUCCCAGACAUCUCAUUUCCGUCUCGUGAAAACGAUGAUACAGACGCCGAUGUGUAUUUGAAGAGCCUGAGGGAAGUGGACGACCUGCAUGAGAAGAAGGCAAUGAACGACGUGGAAGAGGAGGAUCCAAUGGAAAAUGAUGACGGGGAUGCAGACAUCACCGUGGCUGCUCGCGUGCUUGCAUUACUGCGUGCGCUAUUCUCGGCUCUAGAUGUUCAGAAGAGUUCCGGUGGAGAACGAAAUCGGAGUCUGAUUGUCUGA